UCGGCUGAAGGCGCUGGGCAAGGCGAGCGCGCGUCCGGGGCCCCUGGGAUCCGCCGGCCAUGGCUCUCGCCGAGCAGAAGCCGCGGCUCCUCCGGGGCUCGCGCUGGCUCUUCCUGGCCGCCCUGGUGGCCACCUGCGACGGCCGAGGCGGGCAGAGAGAGGACGGCGGCGCCGCCUGCUACGGGGGCUUCGACCUCUACUUCGUCCUGGACAAAUCAGGAAGUGUCCUACAUCACUGGAGUGAAAUCUAUUACUUUGUGGAACAUCUGGCUCACAAAUUUAUAAGCCCCCAGUUGAGAAUGUCCUUCAUUGUCUUCUCCAAUCAAGGCUCAACCCUCAUGGACCUGACCGAAGACAGGGAAAAAAUCCGUCAAGGGUUAGAUGAGCUUCAGAAGGUCCUGCCUGGAGGGGACACCUACAUGCACGAAGGAUUUGAAAGGGCCAGCGAGCAAAUUUACCACGAAAAUGUUCAAGGUUAUAGGACCGCCAGUGUCAUUAUUGCCUUGACGGACGGAGAACUUCAUGAAGACCUUUUCUUCUAUUCUGAACAAGAGGCCAACCGGUCCCGUGAGCUGGGAGCAACGGUGUAUUGUGUUGGUGUGAAGGACUUCAAUGAAACUCAGUUGGCUCGGAUCGCUGACAGCAAGGAUCACGUCUUCCCUGUGAAUGAUGGUUUCGAAGCGCUCCAGGGAAUCAUAGACUCCAUUCUGAAGAAAUCUUGCAUUGAAAUCCUUGCUGCAAAACCUUCCAGCAUUUGUGCAGGCGAGUCCUUCCAAGUUGUGGUGACAGGAAAUGGCUUCCGACAUGCCCGGAAUGUGGAUCGAGUCCUUUGCAGCUUCAGGAUCAACGAGACAGUCACCCUCAAUGAGAAACCCUUCGUAGUGGAGGACACAUACUUACUCUGCCCGGCGCCUGUCUUGCAAGAAGUUGGCAUGGAAGCUGCCCUUCAAGUGAGCAUGAACGAUGGUCUCAGUUUCAUCUCCAGCUCUGUCAUCAUCUCCAGCACACACUGCUCUGACGGGACCAUCCUGGCAAUUAUCUUGCUGAUCCUCUUCAUUCUCUUGGCUCUGGCUCUUCUCUGGUGGUUCUGGCCCCUUUGCUGCACUGUGAUUAUUAAAGAGCCUCCGCCGCCCCCGAUGGAAGACAGCGAGGAGGAGGAUGAUGAUGGACUUCCCAAAAAGAAGUGGCCAACAGUGGAUGCUUCCUAUUAUGGCGGGCGUGGAGUUGGAGGCAUUAAGCGGAUGGAGGUCCGUUGGGGAGAAAAGGGAUCGACCGAAGAAGGGGCGAAGCUGGAGAAGGCCAAGAACGCCCGCAUCAAGAUGCCAGAAGAAGAGUACGAAUUCCCGGAGCCAAGGAGUCUCGGAAGCAGCAACCGCAGGUCCUCCUCACCCCAGAAGUGGUACUCGCCAAUCAAGGGAAAGCUGGAUGCCCUCUGGGUUCUUCUGAGGAAAGGCUACGACCGGGUGUCCGUCAUGCGACCACAGCCAGGAGACAAGGGUCGCUGCAUUAACUUCACUCGAGUGAAGACCUCCCAGGCGCCCCCCAGAUACCCCCUCAACAACUCCUACCACCCUCCAUCCCCGCCCCCAGCCCCUGCUUACAACCCUCCCCCGCUUGCCCCCAUCUACACCCCGCCGUCCCCAAGCUCCCCCACCCCUUCCCCCCCUUCCACACUGCUUCCGCCUCCUCCUCAUGCUCCUCCCCCCAACCGGGCUCCUCCCCCUUCCCGCCCCCCUCCCCGCCCUUCCGUCUAA